AUGGCUUGCAAGCUUCGCUUUAGCAAGCCGCAGGAUCCGCAGCUCCCGGCCGCGUUGCUUCCUUUGCUGUCUCAGCUGUGGUUGCCUUUCCUCGUGGCUCGGGAUGCAAGCAGCCGGGAACCCACAGCACAUCCCAGCACAUCCCAACCAUCUCACCCGUCCCAGGUUGGUAUGGUGCUCUUCGUGUUGAAGGUUUCAAUAACCUCGAGCACCGGACCUUCCAAAACACAGGUUCCAGCACUCACUGGCCUUCGCUUCGUGACGGCUUUCUGGAUCUUCGCUGAGCACUCAUCAAUGCAACCGCUUACAGGCGGUGGGACCUUCCUGGUCCUUUCAGGUUGCAUCUUGAGCAUGUCGCGCAUCAGGGCAGGGACCGAUGCCAUUGACUUUUUGGUCAGCUCUCCAAGGACGGCCGGCCGUUUCCUGCUGAUGCGAGCAGCCAGGAUAUAUCCCCUCUACUUUGUUGUCCUGAGUCUGAGAGAUGUUUGGAAUGCCGUGCCAAAGCCUGUGACAGCUUAUUCCUUGCUGCUAGAACCGCUCCAUGUCAUCCGGCAUUGCAUCAGCACCUUCGCCUCGUUGGCCGUUGAAAGUCCUCGGGAAGUCAUGUUUCUCUACGUGCUGUAUCCGCUCCUUGAGUACUGCUUGCUGAGACCAGCAAUUUCCGGCCCGAGGCUCCUGCUGGUGGGCGCUGUUUGCUGUCUGGCAAAGCUGUUGAUCGUGGGCUGGGCAACUUGCAUUCUGGCCAAAGGCGGCUUUGAGGUUGGGGAUUUCUGGUAUCGGCAUGACUUGGUCUUCUUCGGUCGUGUGCCGUGGUACAGCUUUGCGCCGUUCCGCGUGCCGGACUUCGCUUUGGGUAUGCUCGUCCCUCACGUUGCCAAGUACUUUUCGCCUGGCAGUGUGGCAGUGAAAGUGGCAGACCUGCUCCUGAUGCUGUAUGUGAUCCUUGCACUCGUGCCGAAGAACACUUAUGUUUACCUAUGGACGGAUCUAGACUUGCAAUGCCCCCUCAUGGCUUUCGUGAUGUGGAGUUUGUGCUUCGGCCAUUGUGAAAGCGUGUUGGGACAGUUGCUUGCAAACAAGUGGUUGGUGGAGUUUGGCACAGUGGCUUACGGGAUUUAUGUCUUUCAAGAGCCGCUGAUGACAGUGAUGGGAGUGUACUACCCGGGUGAUGCGGCCGGGCUUCCCGGCACGUGCCGGUUGAGCAACACUUGCUUCCCGUGGUUUCAAUACACAUGGAGGGGCAGUUCCAGCCUAUGUUUGACGUUUUUGCUGCUCCUCGUAAUGGCAAUCUGUGGCUUCCAUCUGGUUGAGGAGCCGGCAAGGAAAGCUGCGUAUUCGUUAUGCCUUUCACGAGAGUUUUGUUUGAGAUGGCUUCAAGCUUCGGAUGUCGUCCGUAGUUUUGUCCAGAUGAUCACGUAUGCCUGGCCUAUUCCACUCUCUAUCAGCUUGGUGAAGAUUUGGGGACUCGGACCAUUAGCUAGUGGCUUCUUUCUGUCCUUCGACCAGAUUGGGAACGUCAUGGGCAUGGCAUUGGGGCAGAGCCUCCGCGGAGUUUCGUGGGAGCUGAAGCGGACAUGCAUCGUCCUUUGCCCUUUGUCUGCGGCGGGUUUCUCGCUGGUGUUAAGCUACGUCGUCUUGGUAUCCUCAUCCGAUGCAUUUGCUGGUGCCUGCUUGCUGCGGCUUGUGAUCGGGCUUCUUCAGGGGCUUGCGCUAGCAAGCAGCGUUGUCACCAGGCAGCUCACGCCCGCGGAUGAGCAGGUGAGCCUUUCCAUGUGGGUCAAUCUGGCCUGGACAGGUGGUGUUGCUGUCGGUGGAGGGUUAGCCUGGGCAGGGAGUGAGGUGAGUGGGACUCCCAGUGCACAGGCCGUUGCCUCCGUUGGUCCAGCAGCUGUUGAAGCUUCCAAAUGCUGUGCCAUCUGCAGUGUCCUUUUGCUGAUUACAGCCUGCCUAUUGGCUUGUAGCUUGCCAUCAGCUCAUCAGGGUCCGGAACAAAAAGAGCAGGCGGUGGAAGACGAAGUGGUGACCAGGUCGAAUCGGUGGAAGAAUUCUUCUUCGGUUGCUAUGUGGGGAGUUCUUUGCAUUUUCAUCGCUGCCAUCGAGUACUCGGGCGUGGAAGUUGCAACUUCUAUGCUGCUGGAAACACAGUUCGCCUGGCCUGUAGAUUCCAUCAGCGCCGGUGUGGAUGUAGUUUUUGCGUUGGCAGCCGUCGGCAGUUUGGUACUUUUGCCCCUACGCAGCAGUGGCUUGCUAAGUGAUCGGUGGAUGCUUUAUGGAAUGGGCUUGAUUGCCCUGGUUGCCAGCUUUGCCUUCUUUGACUUCACGAGGGGUCCGUUGGCUCUUCUCACAGCCGAUGUUGUGAUUUACACAUGCGUGCUCUGCGCUGUGGGAAUUGCUGAGGGAUUAACCUUCCUCCGGGUUACACCCAGCGGCUUGCAAGCCACACAGGACCUCGUCUUCAACAUGUACAUGGCCGAUUCUCUAGGGAAAGCCGCAGCGCCACCGAUUGCUCGAUGGAUUCUUGGCUCCCGCGGCCGGAACAUGUACGCCUUGUACCAGGUCACACUGCUAUUGCUGAAUGGUUUCGCAACCUUGACAAUAGUGUAA